AUGGGUAAUUCUGGUUUGAAACAACAUUAUGAGACAGCUGCAAAGACUGGUGUUCUGCAGUUAGCUGAACAUAAGUUGAGAGAAAUUCCACCUGAAGUACAUAAUUUGAGCGAAAUACUAAGGAACUUAGAUUUAUCUAAAAAUAGACUACCGCAUUUGCCUGAUGAUAUCAGUAAAUUUAAGCAGCUUAAACAACUUAAAUUAGAAAGCAACCGAUUGGAAACUGUACCAGAGUCUUUAUCAAAUUUAAAGAAAUUAGAAUUAUUGAAUGUGGCCGAUAAUUCAAUUGGUAGUCUUCCAAAGUCGCUUAUGAGUAUGACAAAUUUAAAACAGAUAUAUUUGAACAACAAUAAAUUAAAGCAUUUCCCAUUAGAAUUGAUUGGGUUGCACAAUCUGGAAGUUGUAGAUUUGUCUUACAAUAAAAUUACUGAAAUACCACCUGGAAUGUCAAAAUUUUAUGCAGUGGAGUUGAAUUUAAGUCAAAAUGAAAUAUCUGUGUUAAGUGAAGAUUUACAUGAAGCUCCAAAACUGAAAAUAUUAAGACUAGAAGAGAACUGUUUAAGUUUAGAAGCUAUAAAUCCAAGUUUGUUGAGAGAUUCUAAAAUCCACACAUUGAACUUAGAUGGCAAUUUGUUUGAAGUGAAACAGCUGGCUUCUGUUGAAGGAUAUAAUGAAUAUACAGAGAGAUAUACUGCUAUGAAAAAGAAAAUGUUUUGA